CUGCGCGUUCGUCACCGAAAAAGAAUGUCCGUUUUUUAAAUCGUUAGUGCCUGUUGCUGCCAUUCCUUGCCCUUUCAACCUUGGACAGCUUGGACGCACAACCCUCGGCACCGUAUCAGCCGGUGCUUUGAUCGCCUGGAAACAAGGUCAUCAGUUGGUGCACCGCUCCGCUAGUGCCCGGAAUCGCCCCGUAAUGCGCAAAACAGACGAAAAACGAUAAAAUAGCCUAGCACCCCGCCCCGGCACUCCGCAACAUGGCCUUACUACCUCCGGAUCCGGUGUUCUGUCUGAAACCGCUCGAACACACGUCCUACUACUCGCUCUGCUUCCGCACACCGGAACAUCUUUAUGCCGGCACGGCAAAGGGCACCGUCCAGCUGUGGGAACUACAGACAAACCGUACCUCGUACCAGCUAUCGGUGGGCACCAGUGCCGUCCUCAACCUGGCCCACACCGAUGACGCCUUACUGACGCAGGAGAAGGAAGGAGCGGUGAAACUGUGGGCCCUGGCCGACGCCGACUACGUGCUGCGCCACGAGAUUUCGACCGAACACAUCGGCUUCUGUCGGAUGGCGCACGACGCCCCGUCCGGCACCGUGAUAAUACCCCGCGAAGGAUCGGUCAUCAGUGUGCUGUGUGCCAAAACGUUUAGCGAAACGAUGCGCUUCACACCGCCAGCGCCAACGAGCGGCGCCACCACCGCCGCCCCUCCGUACGGCUCCGUCAUGUGCUUCCGGCCGAUCGAACUGCAAAGCCAACGGUACCUGCUGGCGGGCUACGAGUCCGGUGCGCUGGUCCUGUGGGACUACCGCACCGGGCGACCGGUUGCCGGGGAAACGGUCCAGCUUCGGACGGCCGAUGGCGACUGUCUGUUCACGGUGGACUACGAUCCCGUCACGAACCGCGGUGUGGCCGGUGGAUCGUCGGACCGGCUGUUCAUUUUCUCGAUCGACCGCAAAACGCAGCAAGUGGCCCGAAAGACGGAGAUUACCAUCAAGAACCCGGGCAUUCACCGGGUCACCAUCCGGCCGGAUCUGAAGGUAUUCGCCACUGCCGGCUGGGACGGGCGGAUUCGAAUCUUCUCCUGGAAAAGCCUACGGCCGCUGGCCGUGCUGACGGAGCACAAGGGCGAGCUGCUGGACAUCGGCUACUCGCACGGCAAGGUGACGAUGUGGAACGCCCCGAUCAUGGCCGCGGCCGGCACCGAUGGGCAGAUUUCGCUGUGGGAUCUGUACAAAUGAACGGCCACCGGAACACGACGGAAACACCUCACGGGAUGGGAGUUUGGGCGCUGGAUUGUUCGCUUGUUUUACUUUUGUUUAGCGUUUACGGGCCUUGCCAUGUGGUUAUAUAUUAGCUAUUGUGAAUAAAAACAAACAAUACACCGUGCGCACAGCUUGUGCGCGUUCGU